AUCGGCGCGGCCACCCCACGACUCGCACCACCAGUCACCACCACCACCACCGCACCGCUCACCCUCGCCUCCGACAGCGACCGCGCAACCGCGUCGUCGUCCGCGUCCCCGUCCCCGGUUCCUCUCCUCUCCUCCGCAACCGCGCCCGUCCUCUGUCCGAGCGGCCCUGACCACAGCCGAACGACGCGGCGAGAAGACUCACCAGAGCAAGCGAGCACUUGCACAUCAGUGACGAUGUCGACGAGCUCCGCCAACUCCGCGGCGUCCCCGGCCGUGUCCGGCCUGGACUACGACGACACGGCGCUCACUCUCGCCCUCCCGGGUUCAUCCUCCUCCACCGCCGACCCCACCGCCGCUGCCGACCGCAAGCGCGCCCACGCCGACCACUACAAGCCGCCCUCCCCAAAGGCGCGGGCCGUGGGGUGGCCGCCGGUGCGCGCGUACCGGCGCAACGCGCUGCGCGACGAGGCCAAGCUCGUCAAGGUGGCCGUGGACGGCGCGCCGUACCUGCGCAAGGUGGACCUCGCGGCGCACGACGGGUACGCGGCGCUGCUCCUCGCGCUGCACGGCAUGUUCGCCUCCUGCCUCGGCGCCGACGGCGCCGGGAGGCUCGUGGACGCCGCCACCGGCGCCGAGUACGUGCCCACCUACGAGGACAAGGACGGCGACUGGAUGCUCGUCGGAGACGUCCCCUUCAAGAUGUUCGUGGACUCGUGCAAGCGGAUCCGUCUCAUGAAGAGCUCCGAGGCUGUCAACCUAUCUCCAAGGACAGCAUCCCAAUGAUCGUUGUCAUCGACCGAACGCAUAUGCGCUAGGCGGUUAAUCUGUCUGAAUUUGUUCACAGCAAAGCGUGCAGUGGAAGAGGCUUGGCUGCUCAGGUCCUCCAUGCACUUUAUACACACAGUAGGAUCAGAGUUGUUCAGUCUGUUGUUGUGCUCUGUACAGGCCACACAUACCCCAUGGGAGCUCCUCCCAGUUCCAGGUGCCUCUCCUCUUGGCCGGACGGUUUGGUUUUUGGACGCCGGCGAGAAGGGCGGCGCCACCACUUUGUCAGCUAGAUUGUUAGGCCCGUUUUUCAGUUCCUUUCAGACUUGGGCUUCCAUGCCAUGCCAGCCUUUGUUUGCCCUCGGUCAUCUUGUCUCGAGGGGCGUUGAUGUAUACACGAAUAUGGUACAUGCUGUGUGCUGUUCCCGUUGUAAGGUCAAAGAAUACAACUGUCACUGUUCUUGCAGUUCCGGCUGCCUGAUCUUCUUGCC